AUUUUAUUAAAUUAAAUUUUAUAUAAAAAUGUCCUUAUUAAUUUCAUCUGAAUUCAUAAAAAACAAUGUCAAAACAAAUGAUUUGAACGAAAAAUAUUUACGAAUAAUUAACAAGGACUUUAUAAAAUCCCAAAAUAAUAUAAAUAUGAAGACCAAUUUUGAAACAACUACAGUAAUGCUACUUCUGGAAAAGUUUAAACUUAUGCAAGAUCGCCUAAGAUCUCAUAUGAAAAACACAGAUGAGCUCUAUCACAUGGCCCUGAGGAUAACUGAUAGAGUAACUCAACUAGAAAAACCAAAAAAUUAUGUGUCAAAAUCAGUGCAGACAAUACCUUGUUUUAUCAAAAAUGAAUAUGGACCUGAUAACCAUUUAUUUGAAAUAAGAAACACUAAUAAUAACAUAGAAAAUUAUAAAAAUAAUAAUGUCUUAUUAUAUUCAAAUGAAGUUUCAAGUAAUGUUGAAAACUACAAUAAUUUAAACAUCAAAAAUUUUAACCAAAAUGCCUAUAAUAGUUUUAAUUUAUUAGAAGAAAACUUUCAAAGACAAGGAAAGUUAUCAAAAAAACCUGUUAUAACAUACCCAGUAUUUGGUUGUAGGAAGAGAAGAAAAACUGUUAGAUUAAAGAAAAAUGAUGAAAAUGUGCACAUAUUAAAUACAGGAUUGCCAGACAAUUUAUCAAUAAAUAAUGCAAAUUUUUAUAACAAUGCAAAUGGCAAUUUGGAAUAUAAACAAAACACUAUUUCAGACAUGGAAUUAUCAAGUCACGAUAAUGACAACAUAAGCAUCCAAGGAACUCCAAUAAGUAUACAAAAACAGAUAAAAGUGGAUUAUGACAAUUUUAAAAAUGAUUUAUUUAACAUUAAAGAAACUAAUGAUACAAAUGACAUCAAAAUUAUAAAUGAAAAGCCAGGAUCUCAAUCUUAUGAGUACCAAGACAUGAUUGAACGACAAAACCUCUUAAACAAUGUUAAUGUUAUACAACUAAAUGAUUCACCUGCCAAGAGUAUUAAUAAAUGUUUAACACAAUCAGUGCCAUCUAAGUACACAAUGCUUUCAUCUCAAGAAAUGACACAAAACUUACCAAAUUUAAUCUCUCCAAUAAAUGGCUCAAUUAUUAACACCAGACCAAACAAUAGAAUUCACACACGUUCACUCCAAUCAAAAGAUUCAAUUAAAGAUACUAAAACUCUUGCAAUUAAUGAAAAUUUUUCUAAUUAUUUAAAUCCAAUCAAUAGUUUACCUCACAUAAUCAAUCUUUGUAAUGAAGAUAUCAAUCUGAAUAAUAAUAAAAAUGACCAAAUAUUUAAUUCAUUUGAUAAUCCAUCUAAAAUUAACAAAAUAAAUAUGUGUAGUGAUUUGAAAAUUGUUGAUGAUAUACAAUAUUAUACUGAAAGGGGUGUUAAUCAUAUUGAACAACAAUCGUUAGAAAAUAAUAGAAAACGAGGACCUGCCAAAUUUAAAAACAAAAUAGCUCUCUUUAGAAAUAAAGUUGCUCUCAAUCGCAAAAAUAAAUUUACAAUUAGUUCAUUUAAUGAUAUUAACCAAGCCAAUGACUUCAUUGAUUUGGAGUACCAUCAAAUUGCUGAUGAUGCACAUCAUAAUAUUUCCUUGAACAAUAAUUCAUCUAAAUCCAAGAGCAAUAAUUCUGCUUGUAAAGUUAAGAACAACUUAGUCAUUAAUCAGCAAAAUAAAGAAACAGUAUCCAAACAAUCUGCUCUAAACAUUCCUAUCAAUAAUGGUAAGAUGUACAAGUGCAAGACAUGCAAAAAGCGUUUUACUACUCCCCAUGGAAGAUCAAUUCAUUUUUCCAUUAUGCACAAAAAGGUUUCAACAACUAAUGAAACUGAAUCAUCUUUUGAUGUUAAAAAACGCAAGAAAAGAUCUACCUCAGUUAACCCUUCUAAAUCUGAAUCAAAGACAAAAGAUAAAUUCAUAUAUAGGGCUAAUGAGAUUAAAACGAAAUCGCAACAAUAUUCACAAUCAUUAACCCUAGAAUCACUCAACCAUUUAAAUAUAAAUGAAAAUAAUAAAAUAGGUGAUAAUAUAGUUAUAAAUGAUAAUUAUUAUCCUUCCUCAAACACUGUAAAUAAAAUGAACAUUUUUACAGCUCCUAAUCUUCAAAAUAUUUUAGCUACAAAUAUUGAUAUUAAAAGUUUAGCUAAUUUGAAUGUGUCAGAAAGUUCCCUCAAAAGAACACUAAGCCUUUAUUAAAAGUUGAGAAUUACUAUACAAAUUCCAUUAAAAGGGUUGAUAAGUUUAAUAUGACUUAUUUCGUAAAAAUAUUAUAUUUGUAAUAAUUUAUUUUUUAUAAGAUCAUUCAUAAUAGAAAAAUGAUUAUUUUGGGGAUAUAUUUUAUUUGUUUUAUAUAUUAAUAAUGUAGAAUGUAAGUAUUCGAAUUUAUAUAUAAAAAUUUAUACCCUAUGUUUGAAUGUAAAACUCAAGUUUUUAUAUAGUAAUGCGCUUUUUUGAAUAUCUUUUAUAGUACAUCACAUG